UGGUCAGUGUUAAUGAAUGGCCAGAGGCAGGGAGGGACUGGGAGGCUUGGUGCCCUUCCCAGAGAGAGAGAGUCUUGGGUUCGGGUCUGUCCGGAGCCUCCUUUCGUGCAGCCAUGAAGCUCCUGGUUGUGCUCUUGGCUUUGACUGCGGUCACAGGAGGCCAAGCCGUGACCAUCAGAGAAGCGCCCAGUUCAGAGCCCAAGUUAAGACCGUUGAUGGAAAAAACUUUCUCAUUCGGGAUGGAUUGCUUCCUUGCCGUGUCCAGGAAAGUAGUGAAAAUCAUCGAAGCUUCGGAUAUCACGGUUGUCAUUGAACAGCUGGACAAAAUCUCUGAAAAACUCCAGGAGGAAGAGAAAGUGCUUCCUCCAGAGAUUGGGCAAGUGGAUAAGAUCUUAUCCGAUCUCUCUAAAACCUACAAGGUGAAGACUCCUCGGGUUUUUGAUGAGUGGAACAGACGCCAUGUUCAGGAAGGUGAAGCUGUCAUGAAGGCGCUGGAGUUCUACGUUGACCCAGUGGCCUCCAAGGUGCUGUGGUGUGUGGAGUGGCUGGAGGAGAACAUCACGCCCGUGGUGAUCCAAAUGUACCAGCCGUUUGAUAGCUCCUUCAAUCAGGCACUGGAGUCCCUGGGAAGCACGCUGUCCUUUUACACCGAGGAGCAGGAACAAAUUGGGGAAAUCCUCCAGACUUCGCUCGAGGAAGCGGCCAAGCUGUUCCGGAUGGGGAUGGAGAACCUCAACAAGCAGUUGAAUCCCUACUUGAUCCCAUUCCUGAAGGAGUACAAGAAGUACGAGCCAGCGCUCAGAGAGUGGCUGGAAGCACCGUUGUUCCCCCCUCCGAAAGAGGACUAACGCCCAAAAGGAAAAUCCUAGGGGAAACUGGCCAGGAAGUGACCAUCGGGUCAAGCAAUAUGGCUGUCUCUGCAUCACAAAAUAAAUUUUCCCAUUUAUUCUGGAGGUUUUAAUACCUGUCAAAGUUUAUGAAAUGUGCUGCACUAUUCUGUACGCGUUAUGUCAGUUCUUUCUAGCAAUUACGCUGUCCUAUCGUCCACCUGGCCAGAUGAAUAAAACUUCUGUUACUGCCUUAAAA